AUGGCUAGUUUUAAUAACAAUAAUGUAGGCGGACAAUUUGACAGUGCCAGCUUCACGAAUAAUAUCCCCUUAAAGAUAAAUGACACCAAUGAUGUGGUGUUCUCGCCAAAAAGCUACAAUAGCAUUGGUUCAAGAAGAGACUCCAAAGCAUUAUCGCGAACCGAAUCUGGGCAGACCGUCGAGCGGAAAAGAAGAGACAACAUCAAUGACAAAAUCCAGGAAUUGGGAACCAUUAUCCCUUCCAAAUUUUUCGAAUCAAACAAAGAUAAAUCUUCGGGAACCAAGGAUGGCAAGCCAAACAAGGGACAGGUGCUAUCGAAAUCUAUCGAGUACAUUGAAUUCUUACAGGACAAGAUUGACGAAAAUAACAAGAAAGAAAUCGAAUUGUUGAUCAUCUUGAAGAAAUUGGAGGAAUUGAAAAAAGUGCCCGAUCAUUUAAAGCCUUCAAAAACUUUGUUUAGGCAUACCAGUGCCGAAGUAGCGUUGCAAAAUAUCGGGGUGGGACCAUUAGCAGAAAGUAAUCCUGCCAGCACUGGCAAAAAUACCCCUAGUGUAUCGAACUCGAGAAUGAACUCGCCAGGGGUAGUGGUGGUUAAUGGUAAUAAUGGUAUGAAUCGGAAAAAUAACGGCACAAUCAAUGAAGAAAAUAUUAAUCAUAGAAAUAAUGAUCACAACAACAACAACAAUAAUAAUAAUAUUCCCGGCACAAGCAACAAUGAGAGAUUGUCAAUAGGAAGCGUGGGAAGCCCGUUGGUGCAAAUCAAUAGCACGAACGAUAGCAAUUCGAAUAUGCCAUCCCCGGGACCAAAUAACAUGGAUCCGAAUGUGAUGUCGUUUUCAAAUGCCGAUAAUAUGGGGUUUGAUGGUAUUUUAAAAAGUGAGAACUUUGAUAAUUUUGGGUUCAACUUUGACCAGUGA